AAAAAAUGUCAAUGUCAAAUGUCAAAAUUUUCAAAAUAAUCCUGUAUGAUCAUAAUUCUGUACCUAUGUUCUGUGCCUAGUUCAGAGAAUAUCACACAAUGGCUGCUAAACAAGCCUUACGCGUUGGUACUAAAAAUGUAAGACCAGUUCUUUCUUUAAAUCAAGCAGAAGCCAGAUCGCGUGUGUUAAAUUUGUAUAAAGCUUGGUAUCGUCAAAUCCCGUACAUAGUCAAAGAGUUUGAUAUACCAAAAUCGGAGGAACAAUGUCGUGCAAAGUUGAAGGAAAUGUUUUUGAAAAACAAAGAUGUUACUGAUAUAAGAGUUAUUGAUUUGCUUGUCAUCAAGGGUCAAAUGGAACUCAAAGAAACAGUGAACACUUGGAAGCAAAAAGGCCAUGUAAUGACAUUUUUCAAACCAACUGAAGAACCGAAACCUAAAGAUUUCUUGUCAAAAUUCUUCUCCGGUCUUGAAUAAUCACUUAUUGUUCAAACCUAAUAAUGUAAAUUAUUUGUAUAGAUAAUAUGGAAUAGAUAAAUCAACAACUGCUA